GCAAUGCCAUGUUUGUGUGUGUGCUCUAACUCCCGGAGAGCAACCAGGGAGACGGCUCCCCGGCCAGACUUGGCUGAUGUUUUCUUGUUUCUGUUUCAGCCUUCAGGAUAAUUCCUUCAGCAGCACCGCUGUAACAGAGUGUGACGAAGACACAGUCUCUCUGCAUGACGAUCAGACUGAUUGCUCCAGUCUCAGAGAUGAAGACAAUAAAGAAAAUUACCCCGACGCCAGGCCUCCGCUAGAGGAGUCCGCGCCGCCGCCCAGUGAGCCGCAGCAUGCAGAGCAGCCCCCACGGCUGGACGUGCUGCGCCCCACCAUGGGCAACUUCAAGUCGCGGAAACCCAAGUCCAUCUUCAAGGCGGAGAACGGGAGGAGCCACGGAGAAAGUCAGGAGACAGAGCAUGUGGUGUCCAGCCAGUCGGAGUGUCAAGGGAGACCGGGAACACCAACUCAGGAGAGGGCACACACCCCCACCUCCAGGUGCCAAGAAACUGUGCGAGUUCAACCAAGAAUAGAACAGAGGGCUGCCAUUUGGCCAAAAGAUGAAACUCAGCAGGACUUCGAUGAGGAAGAAGCUGCGCAGGUGCACGGAGUCAAGGACCCAGCCCCAGUGUCCACCCAGAGUGUACCUGCCGAAGGGGCAGGGGCCGCAGCCCCUGCGCCCGUGCACAGAGAUGGGCAGAAUGAAGCAGACAGCGCACCAGAAGACGUGCAGUCUGUUGAGACCAGCAGGCUGCUCUAUCACAUCACCGACGGCGACAACCCGCUGCUGUCGCCACGAUGCUCCAUCUUCAGCCAAAGCCAGAGAUUCAACUUGGACCCCGAAUCAGCCCCUUCUCCACCCAGCACUCAGCAGUUUAUGAUGCUCCGCAGUUCUUCUCGGUGCAGCUGUGGGGAUGGCAAGGAGCCCCAGACCAUUACCCAGCUCACCAAGCACAUCCAGAGCCUCAAGCGGAAAAUUAGGAAAUUUGAAGAAAAAUUUGAACAAGAAAAGAAGUACCGGCCCUCCCAUGGUGACAAGACAUCUAAUCCUGAAGUCCUGAAAUGGAUGAAUGACUUGGCUAAAGGUCGUAAACAGCUCAAAGAACUAAAGCUGAAGCUGUCGGAAGAGCAAGGGAGUGCUCCCAAAGGGCCACCUAGGAUCCCGCCCUGUGAGCAACCCACAGUCCCCAGAGAGAAUGGGAAGCCGGAGGCCGUGGGCCCUGAGCCGAGUUCCUCGGGAGAGGAGACUCCAGAUGCUGUGCUGAGCUGCCUGAAGGAGAAAAGAGAGCAGCUUCCUUCCCAGGAGGAUCCUAAGGUAACGAAGCAAGACAAGAACCUCAUAAAGCCUCUUUAUGACCGAUACAGAAUUAUCAAGCAAAUCUUGUCCACACCUUCCCUUAUUCCAACAAUUCAGGAGGAAGAAGACUCUGAUGAAGACUGUCCACAGGGAAGUCAGCAGCCUUCUGUGCCAAAUCCAGCAUCUCACCCUCCUGCUGGCCAUCACCUCACACACUCUGAAGAGACUGAGCCCGUGAAGCUCCUGCUCCCCGACGAAAAGAAGGAAGUCAAACCACCAGCCCUCUCCAUGUCCAAUUUACACGAGGCCACCAUGCCUGUACUUCUUGACCAUCUCCGAGAAACUAGGGCUGAUAAGAAGAGACUUCGGAAAGCCUUGAGAGAAUUUGAGGAACAGUUUUUUAAACAAACAGGAAGAAGUCCACAAAAGGAAGAUCGGAUACCAAUGGCAGAUGAGUACUAUGAAUACAAGCAUAUAAAAGCCAAACUGAGACUAUUAGAGGUCCUCAUCAGCAAGCAAGAUGUGGCCAAAACUAUUUGAGGUUCAGGAAAUGUUUGUGAUCACUUUCACCUGAGAUAAGGGUCUUCCCAGCUGGCUCAGUGGUAGAGAAUCCGUCUCCCUUGGAGUAGGAAAUGGCAACCCACCCCUAUAUUCUUUCCUGGGAAAUGGCACGGACAGAGGAGCCUGGCAGGCUACAGUCCAC